AUGGUUAUGGCUUUUAAUGUAUUUAUUGCCGGAAUAAAGUCAAGUCAAAUUUGUGAAAAAACUAGAGGAAAGGAAACCCGAACUCAGGAGGAGUUAGAAAUCGAAAAUAUUAUUGAAGAAGAAAAACCUGAGAAUUUUGUUGAGGAUAUAUAUGGUUUAUUGUUAAAUGUCACAAAUGCUCAUCGACCUCGAAAGGAACAAGUUAAAAGAACUUAUAAUCGACCUAUCGCGUUUGGUUGUUUUUGUUUUGCUCCUGCAAGUCAAAAGAGUGGAAAAGGAUUCCAAUCAGGAUUUUAUGAUGGUUUUAGUAUUUUAGAAGAAGCCAUGAAUGGAACAUUAAUGAUGGCUGCUGCAGACCAAAAUGGGUGCAUUAUGGUAUUUGAUUUUGGUGCAAACAAGUUUUGGCAGGUUUCUCGAUUAGGUAUAGCAGCUUCUGCUAUUGCCUUUACUCAUUUGGUUCGAAAUGAAUUAGUAGUGGCAUUUACCGACAACUCUAUCAGAUGUUACAACGUUGGAACUCGUCAACUUAUUGCUGAAGCUAGAAGCCAUCGAAGUCCAGUAAAUUGGAUAUCAAUGCACCCAAAACAACAUGCCGUCAUAACCAGUGCAAAAUCCGAAGCAAUAUUAUGGAAUAUGGUUGAUUGGUCCAAGCAAAAAGUUUUGAAUCAUAUCAAAGAUGAUGUCGCGUUAACUCGCGCUGUUUUCUCAGCGCAAGGGGAAUAUAUCAUUACAAGUUUUUUUGAUGAUUCAAUAUAUAUAUGGUCUAACAGUUCUUUUGAUCUUCUAUGGAAAUUACAAGUUCCAACACGAGUUUCUGAUUUGUUAAUAUUUAGUGACGCGUAUGAUAAUACGUGUAGAAUAGCGGCAACAUCGAAAAAUGGUAAAUUGAUCUUAGUUGCCGGCAAAACAAACGUGUUUGUUUGGGAAUUCGAUACGAAAAAUUUAAUUCGGGAUAUAAACCUUAAGUCUAUAAUUGAAGGUGAAAUUAUGAAACUCGAAUUAAUUCAUGAUGAUUCGAUCAAAUAUUUUGAAAUCUCCCCCGAUGGAAAAUUCAUUGUAACAAAUUCAAUGGAGGAAAGAGCAAUUUUAAAAAUAUGGGAUUUGGAAGUAUUAAUAUCAGAUACUUUGCAACAUAAAUAUCGUGAUUUUUCCACAUUGAGAAGUAUUUCUCCACCCACCGAAAUACGAAUGUCGUUAUCAUCUAAUGUUAUGCUUUCUUCGCAAGUUACUUCGGAAGAUGAUGAAGAAGUUUCUGAUAUUGCUUAUGGUCAAGAGCUUAAAGCAACAAAUGGGCUAAUCGCAUCAACUGGCGUAUCUUCAGAAAACUCUAUUUCAAUUCAAGAAGCAGAUCUUACCUCAAGGAGAACUUCAAUAACUUCUAUGGAAUCAAGAAAUUUAUCGGGAUUAUCUUCUGAUUCAAGAGAAAAGAAAAGAGGGAGAUUGGUUGAAAAAUUGCAUCAUUUAGGAAGAUACCCGGACAAGCAUAGAGUACGUGUAUGGAGUAUAUUAUUGGAUCUUCCUCAAAACCGACAAGCUUACAAAGAAGUAACCAGCAAAGGUGUGGAUCCCGCAAUCAAGGCUUCAUUGUCAAAUAAUCUAAAGUCGAGUGAUUCCAAACGGCGAAGGAUAAUAGGAAAAUUAGAAAGGUUAAGAGCUAUUCCAACCUUUGUUAGAUUAGGAUAUGAUCAACGAGUAGUAGUGGAAUGGAUAUUCCAUAUGGUAUAUCCAUUUGCGGAAUUGUUAUCGGAUACAUACGAAACUUUAUCAUUUGAACUAAUUCUGAGUAUAUUAUUUAACUGGUAUCAAUAUCGCUGGGAUGAAUUUCCAAACCCUCCAACCAAUAUUAUGAAUGCUAUAAAUGUUUUAUUAGCACAUUGGGAUAAUGAUUUACAUACGCAUUUGAUGUCUUGUAAUAUAAAGAUUCAGGAUUGUGUAUGGACAAUGAUUCUUUGGAGUUUUACAAAAAUAUUAACGCGAGAAGAUUGGUUGGAAUUAUGGGAUCAUUUGUUAUCAAAUGAUGAGCCAUCGUUUAUGUGUUUUUUCAUAAUCUCUUAUAUAAUGGUUGCAAGGGACAUUUUAUUAGAAAUGAACCAAAGUAAUCAAAUUUUGGACUUCUUUACUAGAACUAAUACCAUAAAUAUUUCCAGAAUCCUUGAAAUAUCUUAUAAAUUAGAGAAAGAGACACCAUUAGAAAUAUCGCCAAGAUUUGAAAUAAGUAGAUAUAAACCCCUAAUAAAAUCAGGUAAAGAAUAUAAAUUAGAUUAUAUUACUAGUUUAAAGUAUUAUAGAACUCAAUAUGAUGAUAUAAGAGAUUGGAUUUGGGAACAAGAAAAAGAAAUUAUAAAAAAAAGGUAUUUUUGA